GUGAAAGUUUGUCUGAGCGACAGCAGAGCUGCAGUCGAGACGAGUCACUCUGUUUCUCUCUAAAGAAACAUUCAACUGAAUCCAGCAGCUUUUUAUCAACAACACAGCAGAAUCUCUGCCAAACACUGAGUGUAGAUAUGUCUGCUGCCAGCUGUCUGCUGACUGAAGAUCAGUUUCUGUGCUCCAUCUGUCUGGAUGUGUUCACUGAUCCAGUCAGCACACCAUGUGGACACAACUUCUGUAAAACCUGCAUCACUCAACACUGGGAUAUUAAUGUCCCGUUUCAGUGUCCCAACUGUAAAGAGGUUUUCAACACCAGACCUGAGCUGCGGGUCAAUACUUUCAUCUCUGAGAUGGCUGCUCAGUUCAGACAGUCAGCUCAACAGAAAGCCAGCAGCAGCAGCUCAGAGCAACAAGCUGCCAAACCAGGAGAAGUUCCCUGUGACGUCUGCACUGGAACCAAACUGAAGGCCCUGAAGUCCUGCCUGGUGUGUCUGGAAUCCUACUGUGAGACUCACCUGGAGCCUCAUCUGACAAGGUCAUCUCUGAAAAGACAUCAGCUGAUGGACCCUGUGGAGAACCUGGAAGGCAGGAUGUGUACGAAUCACGAUAAACUGCUGGAGCUGUUCUGUAAGACCGACCAGAUGUGUGUCUGCAUGCUCUGCACUGUUUUAGACCACAAGACACAUGAUGUUGUUCCUCUGAAAGAAGAAUAUGAAGGAAAGAAGGCCGAGCUGGGGAUGACAGAGGCUGCAAUUCAGCAGAUGAUCCAGAAGAGACGACUGAAGAUUCAGGAGAUGAAACACUCAGUGGGGCUCAGUAAGGAAGAUGCAGACAGAGAGAUAGCAGAUGGUGUUCAGGUCUUCACCGCUCUGAAGGAGUCUGUUGAGAGAAGCCAGGCCGAGCUCAUCGACACGAUCAAAGAGAAGCAGAGAAAGAAAGAGAAACAGGCUGAAGGCUUCAUCAAAAAGCUGGAACAGGAAAUCUCUGAGCUGAAGAAGAGAAGCACUGAGGUGGUGAAGCUCUCACGCUCUGAAGACCACCUCCAUCUCCUCCAAAGCUUCACGUCCCUGAGCGCUGCUCCACCCACCAAAAACUGGACAGAAGUCAGCGUCCGUCCAUCUUCGUAUGAGGGGACUGUGGUGAGAGCUGUGAAUCAGCUGGAGGAGACGCUCAGUAAACAGAUGAAGAAACUGCUUGAGGCCGAGCUGAAGAGGGUCCAGCAGGGCAAGAGUGUAGAUAUGUCUGCUGCCAGCUGUCUGCUGACUGAAGAUCAGUUUCUGUGCUCCAUCUGUCUGGAUGUGUUCACUGAUCCAGUCAGCACACCAUGUGGACACAACUUCUGUAAAACCUGCAUCACUCAACACUGGGAUGUUAAUGUCCUGUUUCAGUGUCCCAACUGUAAAGAGGUUUUCAACACCAGACCUGAGUUGCGGGUCAAUACCUUCAUCUCUGAGAUGGCUGCUCAGUUCAGACAGUCAGCUCAACAGAAAGCCAGCAGCAGCAGCUCAGAGCAACAAGCUGCCAAACCAGGAGAAGUUCCCUGUGACGUCUGCACUGGAACCAAACUGAAGGCCCUGAAGUCCUGCCUGGUGUGUCUGGACUCCUACUGUGAGACUCACCUGGAGCCUCAUCUGACAAGGUCAGGCCUGAAAAGACAUCAGCUGAUCGACCCUGUGGAGAACCUGGAAGGCAGGAUGUGUACGAAGCACGAUAAACUGCUGGAGCUGUUCUGUAAGACCGACCAGAUGUGUGUCUGCAUGCUCUGCACUGUUUUAGACCACAAGACACAUGAUGUUGUUCCUCUGAAAGAAGAAUAUGAAGUAAAGAAGGCUGAGCUGGGGAAGACAGAGGCUGAAAUUCAGCAGAUGAUCCAGAAGAGACGACUGAAGAUUCAGGAGAUGAAACACUCAGUGGGGCUCAGUAAGGUAGAUGCAGACAGAGAGAUAGCAGAUGGUGUUCAGGUCUUCACCGCUCUGAAGGAGUCUGUUGAGAAAAGCCAGGCCGAGCUCAUCGACACGAUCAAAGAGAAGCAGAGAAAGACAGAGAAACAGGCUGAAGGCUUCAUCAAAGAGCUGGAACAGGAAAUCUCUGAGCUGAAGAAGAGAAGCACUGAAGUGGAGCAGCUCUUACUCUCUGAAGACCACCUCCACCUCCUCCAAAGCUUCACGUCCCUGAACGCUGCUCCACCCACCAAGGACUGGACAGAAGUCAGCGUCUGUUCACCUUCAUAUGAGGGGACUGUGGUGAGAGCUGUGAAUCAGCUGGAGGAGACGCUCAGUAAACAGAUGAAGAAGCUGCUCGCUGAGGCCGAGCUGAAGAGGGUCCAGAAGUCUGCAGUGGAUGUGACACUCGAUCAUGAUACAGCAAAGCCCAACCUGAUCCUGUCUGAUGAUGGAAAACAAGUUAAAUAUAGUGAUGUAAAGAAGAAUCUCCCAGACAACCCAGAGAGAUUUGAUAGAGGUGCUUGUGUCUUAGCAAAGCAGAGUUUCUUUUCAGGAAGGUUUUACUACGAGGUUCAGGUUAAAGGGAAGACUAAGUGGGAUUUAGGAGUGGCCAGAGAGUCGAUCAACAGGAAGGGAGGAAUCAAACUGACUCCUCAGAAUGGUUACUGGACGAUAUGUCUGAGAAAUGAAAAUGAGUACAAAGCUUGUGCUGGCCCUUCAGUCUGUCUCUCUCUAAAGUCUCAGCCUGAGAAGGUGGGGGUGUUUGUGGAUUAUGAGGAGGGUCUGGUCUCCUUUUAUGAUGUUGAUGCUGCAGCUCUUAUCUACUCCUUUACUGGCUGCUCCUUCACUGAGAAACUCUACCCAUACUUUGGUCCCUGUAAUAAUGAUGGAGGUAAAAACUCUGCCCCUCUGAUCAUCUCUCCUGUCAAUCACACUGAGUAGAACAACAGUUUGACUUUCUACAGAAAUAUUCUAUAUCAUUUAAUGCAACAAAUGUAUAUUAUUGGUGAUUUAGGGUGUAUACAUUGUUUUUCCAGAUUCUGAUCAUUACGUUUUAUUUCCCUUAUUUCCUCUGAUCUCUCACAUUGCUACUUACAACACACUGCUUUUACAGCACUGAUUGAUAUUAUCUAAUGUAGUCUAAUUUAUUCUAAUGACUGCAUUACCUGCCUUCAAGACUGUUAAAAUCAUCAUAAACAAUUUCUCAAUGAAUAAGAAGCAUUUCCACGUUCUUUAAUUAUAUUUUAAUAAGGUGUUUUAAGGUUUUUAGUUUUUAUAAUUUCAAAUUUAAGGACAAAUUAAGGGAUCUCUUGUAUGUUUUCAGGGGUAAAUUAAGGAUUAAUUCUUCAUUCAUAAUGGUACAAAAUUGACAGAUAUUUGGAACAUCAACAAAAUAUGAUCAUAAAUUAUUAAAUAUUAAUAAAGCUACAGUGGUUUUAAACACCAGAGAAGAAGAAAA